AGACAAACACCAAAGAGGAGAGGGUUGAACUUCAUCAUAAAACCUUUUACGUCGGUGGUGUCAGCCACACAACUGGAUCCAGGACAGCACUCUUCUGAAAAAGAAAAUGGACAAACAGACCACAUUAUCAGAUGGGCUGUCUACAAUGCUGGAUGAUUAUAUCUAUACUGACUACAUGGACGAUGGUGAAUUGUGUGACAUUAAAAGCAACUAUAAACAUGAGGUGACAUACCAAAUAUACGCCAUCAUUUGUGCGCUUGGUCUCCUGGGCAAUAUUCUAGUCCUUGUCACAUAUGCAUUUUAUAAAAAAGCCAAGUCUAUGACAGAUAUCUAUCUAGUAAACGUGGCCGUGGCAGACCUCCUGUUUGUCCUUGCCUUGCCUCUGAUCAUAUAUAAUGAGCAGUAUAACUGGGUCAUGGGUACCUGGGCUUGUAAGGUACUACGAGGGAGCUACAGUAUAAACCUUUACAGCAGUUUGCUCCUGUUGGCUUGCAUCAGCGGAGACCGUUAUGUUGCCAUCGUUAAAGCACGACGUUCGUUUGGAAUUCGCUCAAGAGCCCAGAUAUACAGCCGUUUGAUCUGCAUAAUAAUAUGGCUGUUUGCUCUUCUGUUAUCCACGCCAACGUUCAUAUACUCAGAUCUAGGAGAGGAGUAUGCUAAUAUAACGAUAGAAAUUGAGUGUAGCUUGACCUUUGAGUCUACUGACACAGCACAUCUGAUGAAAGUCCUCCUGCCUAGCAUGCAGGUGUCUGUGGGAUUCUUCAUCCCUCUGCUGGUGAUGGGCUUCUGCUACUGCAACGUUAUUUACACUCUACUCAGGGCACAAAAUUACCAAAGGCACAAGGCAUUGCGUGUGAUUCUGGCUGUAGUUCUGGUGUUCAUUGUCUGCCACUUGCCCUAUAAUGUCAUCCUCUUGAGGCACACAACUAGGCUGUUCAAACAGAGAGACUGUGACACAGAACAGAAAAUCCACUUGGCUUUGUCUGUGACUAGAAGUUUGGCGUAUCUCCACUGCUGCCUCAAUCCUAUCCUUUACGCAUUCAUCGGGGUCAAUUUCAGGAAUCAUUUCAGCAAGAUUCUUGAGGAUUUGUGGUGCUUAGGGAAAAAGUACUUCUCUUCCAGACCAUCCUCACAGCAGACUUCAGAAAUGUACAUUCCAGCACAAAAGUCCAUCACUGCAGAAAAUCAUGCAAAUCCCUCCUCCUUUACAAUGUGAGGUGCAGUAUAAUGCAAUAAUGUGAUUAUUAUUGUCAACCUGAAACUUUGAGGUCACCUGGAAUUUGCCAGGAGUAAGUUCAGAUGAUUUAAUGUAUAUAUGUAUAUAGUCAUGUUGAUUUUAUUUUUCUGGGCUCUAAAGCCACAAAAGACAGUCCCGGUCUGGAUAUUUGUUCUGUCUUGAUAUAAUGAUUGUUUAUUUCACUUUUGAGUAUGAUUAUUUCUUAUAUUAGUAGGACACUUGUUCCAGAAGUUUUUUUUUUCUUAAAAUGUGUUUUUUACUCUUUAUGUCCCAUUGUUGUGUAACUGAUCUACCAAACAGAAACCAUACAUCUUUUAGACAUGUAUACAGUAAGUGGAAGCCUGGGAAAACCCUUCUCAUGGUGCCAAUUUGACAUUUCCUCCUAUACGGAGCUCUGAAAUCUACAACACUGUCUGCAACUGUGUCUGCAACUCAAUCAGAAGCAACCUAAAUUAAAAAAAAAAAGUCAAAAGGUAUAAUAUUGACCAUAGAACCGAAAUAUCACAGAAAAUUUUGCUUGUGUUUGUUUUGCUAUGGCAUGUAACUUGAUUAAAGGUUUAAAUCAUAUUAAACCAGACCACCAUUCUAUAAUGACUUCUUAUCCAGCAUGAAAUUUAUAUGACAGUCCAGGUGAAGUUGGAAAACAUGAAAUGCAUGUAUGUUUUCUUAAUGUUGUGGUGUCAAAUUGAGAUACAAUCAGAAAAAACAUUUUAGCCUAAGCAUAAUUUUUUGCUUUAUUUGGCUGUUUUAACUACUGUAAUACUCUCACUUUAAUGGAAUUAGUGUGCAGUGCACAUCAUUUGUACAGCUGUUUUUGUCUAAUAAAACUAAACCGCAGUGACAGUU